CCGAGGCACACUAUUGCAAGAAGGUGUCCGACGAAUUGUUGUACUAGAUUGCGCAAAAAUGUGGACACCGCUUCGAGGCCGACCAAAUAGAGAGGGUCCGAUGGUAUGCACAAGAGCGUGGUCUCGAUGUACCGCAGUGUAGUGCAAUGGGUGGCGAGGCGGAGCGUCCUACACAGGGCGUGGCCGAGGAAGAGGAUACCCGGCGUUCUGAAGAGGGAGGUGUUGGGAGAUAUGAGGAGGGUGCGGGUGCUGCGGAGGUGGACGAGGCAGACUUCAAGCUUGAGGUUGGCGUGGUGGAGGGGGGGCAGACGCCGAGGGGAGAGGGGGGCGUGCAUGAGUUCGAUCCGGUGACUUGUCAGAGGACGAAGGGCUGGGAGUGGAGCUUCGGGAAGAAGCUCAUCCCGCCAGAGCCAGAAUGCACGUCCAGUUCUUCGAAGACGCCUGCUCCCAUAACCUCAUGCACGCCGGGUUCUUCGAAGAGGAAGGACGGGGGUGCACAUCUUUCUGCCACCAAUGCAGGGAAGAGGCUGCAGCAACAGAAAAUGACGGACACGUAUGGUGGCAAGUGGAUUGGUCAGUGGAGGAAGGCAUUCUUUCGCUGGGUGUAUUCCAGCGGGAUUGCCUUCAAUGCCUUCCGCAACAAGUCGUGGAGGGACCUCCAGCAGGUUGCUCUUCAGCAACCUGGUGGAGCACCUCUUCCCGUGCUUCCCUCCCACAGCGAGAUCGCAAGCAUGCGAGCUGUGGAGAUCCACCACGAGGAGUUUGCGGAUGUGUUGGAGGAGGUCGUUCAUCUUGUUGAGAUCACCGCAAAUGUGCGGUUGAUGGAGUAUAGACGUGCAGGUUAUGGAUACGUCCUCCCUUGGCAGCGAGACGAGGGCAUGCUUGACGCUCAGGAGGGAUUGGACUUGGAGCCUAUGCGCUCGGGGACGAGGAGUGGGAUGACGGAGCAGGAGAUGGAGGAGCAGGUUGCCCUCAUUACGCGCGAUCCUAUCGGGUCCUCUGCAUCGCCCCCUGUUGAGUCUGUUUCCGGUGCUCGUGCGGCUAUCUUCCGCCCAUACCCUAGGGACGAUUCCUCUAGGGACGAGAGGGAGACGGAAGCAGCGGACGACCCCAUGCUUCCCAUCCCGCGUGAGAUUGACGAGUUGCACGAGGAGGGCGACGUGGGUGACGAGAGGACGCACACCCCGCGGGGGGGGGGCAGAGCAGGGAGACAUAGAUAUGAUGGGGGGCGAGGAGCUCUGGGGAUCUUUCAGGGGCACGGAGGAGAGAUCACCCACUACCGCGCAGGAGGAUAUGCGUCCUCGCACGACCUUGCGGGAGGAGACGCCUGCUCCCAUGACUGCGAGGAUUUGGGGGAGGUGGGUGUUCAUAGCGGGGCACCACCGGUGGAGGAGAGGGAGAGACGAGCGGAGGAGCACAGAGCCGCCGGAGCGGGCGGAGUUGAGGAUAUUCGGGGUAUGGAGGAGGAGGUAGCUGGAGCAGUGGGGGGCGUGGUGGAGGUAGAUGAUGGUGCGCACGUUGAGAGAGAGGAGGCCAUGGCGAGGGUGCAUGAUGGUGAGCAGGUUGAGAGAGUGGAGGGCGUGCUGUCGUCGGAGGUUGAGAGAAAGCACAACGUGGUGAGGACGCAGGUUGAGAGAGAGGAGGGUGUGGCAGGGGUAGAUGAUGGUGAUGCGCAUGUUGAGAUGGAGGAGAAUGUGGUGAGGGUAGAUGCUGCUGCGUUGGUUGGGGGAGAGGAGGGCGUGGUAGGGGGGGACGCUGCCCAUGGUACAGGAGAGGGAGGCGACCACCAUGACUUGAUCGUCCAACGUUUCAUCGAUGACAAGAUGGGUCCCGCACUAGGGGGUUUGACCCUGGGCACGAGGACGGCACUGGGGGUGAGGACGGGGGCUGACCCUUUGACCAUGGUGGAGGACGAUCCCGAGACGGAGCCGGCACGUGAGGAGGCUCCACAGGAGGAUGACGAGUACAGGGACGGCGAGGAGAGUGAAGAGGAGGAGAGCGACAGCAGGGAGGACGACCACUACGACGACAACGAGCCCUUCCCUCCACCACAACGCAAUUCUCGUAGACAACGUCGCUCUAGUAGACGACGCGAUGACGUCGAUGACCCGUCCCCUCCAGGGCGGCGGGAGACGAGGAGUCGGAGGAGGCGUAGGUCAUCCGUUGCGACAGCGCCGGAGUGAGGGAGUGUUUCAUCGACACGCGGCACGGGUGGGGAGAGGCAGAGAGGCAGUGGUAAGGGGAAGGGAGGUCGAGGGUAUUGAGAGCUUCCUUCCCCUUUCACGUCGCCUUUAUGUUGUUUGUGCUCAGUGUUCUAACCUUUUUGUACAUUGUUUAGGAUGAUGUACAUAUAGUUAGGUUUUAGGCACUUAGGACCAGUUCAUGGAGUUCAGUAUGCAGGUAGUGUCGUCGAAAGUGUUUUGGUUUAUGUACGGCAUUUUCAUAUUGUUUUUUAGUUAUUGGGUUUUUAUUAGAGGUGAGACCUCAUUCCGACUCAUCAUAUUACGUAGAUAUUUGUUAGGGUUUUCUUUUCAGAUUUGUUAGUUAGCGGUGUAGGCUGCAUCCCAACGC